CACAAGUCUCUUUAAAUCAUUCUCAAGAAACCCAUCUCUCUUAUCCUUCCUCUCCAAGAAAAGUUUGCUCUGAAUUUUCUAUAUAAUUGCCUGAAAACGUCACCUAAGUUGAUCAAACCCUUCAUAAAAAAUCAAAACUUUGGUUCUGGGUUUUGCUUUGUUGACAAGAAGAUGGUGCAGUAUCAUAGAUUAAUAAUCCACCAUGGAAGAAAAGAAGAGAGGUUUAGAGUUUCAGUAGAGGAAGUUGGUAGCUCGAAGCGAGCUAAACAAAAGUUUCUAUCUUUUCUCUUCCUUUCUAUCCUCUCUUGCUGUUUCAUCAUAUCUCCUUAUCUAUUUGGCUUCUCCGCUCUCUCUCUCCUAGAUUCUUUUAUUAGGGAAAACGAAGCUCUUAGCUCUUAUGAGCCAGCCCUUGCCCAUGUCUGCUCAGAAGUCUCCAAUGGAACCAUAUGUUGUGACAGAACCGGUUUGAGAUCAGACAUCUGUGUAAUGAAAGGCGAUGUUCGAACAGACUCUGCUACUUCAUCACUCUUCCUCUUCACCUCCACCAAUAACACCACAAACCCCGAAAAAAUCAAACCUUACACAAGAAAAUGGGAGACUAGCGUGAUGGACACGGUUCAAGAACUCAACCUAAUCACCAAAUCUUCAAACAGAUCAUCAGACCGUGUCUGCGAUGUCUACCACGACGUCCCUGCGGUGUUUUUCUCCACGGGAGGAUACACUGGAAACGUUUACCACGAGUUCAACGACGGGAUCAUCCCUUUGUUUAUAACUUCACAGCAUUACAAGAAGAAAGUUGUGUUUGUGAUCGUUGAGUAUCAUGACUGGUGGGAGAUGAAGUACGGAGAUAUCGUCUCGCAGCUCACGGAUUAUCCACUGGUUGAUUUCAGUGGAGAUUCGAGAACUCAUUGUUUCAAGGAAGCAACUGUUGGAUUGCGUAUACACGACGAGUUAACAGUGAACUCCACGCUAAUGAGUCAUGGGAACAAAACCAUUGUCGACUUCAGAAACGUUUUGGACCGUGCUUACUCGCAUCGUAUCCAAAGCUUGGUUCAGGAGGAAACAGAGACAACAACAACAACACAUGACUUGAAGAAGAAGCCGAAGCUGGUGAUAUUAUCAAGAAACGGGUCAAGAGCGAUACUAAACGAGGACCUUCUUGUCAAGCUAGCAGAAGAGACAGGGUUCGUUGUUGAGGUUCUAAGACCGGACAAAAGAACAGAGAUGCCUAAGAUCUAUCGCUCGAUGAACUCAAGCGAUGUUAUGAUCGGUGUACAUGGAGCUGCAAUGACUCAUUUCCUCUUCUUGAAACCUAAGACAGUUUUUAUUCAGAUAGUUCCGUUAGGGACUGAUUGGGCGGCAGAGACAUACUAUGGAGAGCCAGCAAAGAAGCUAGGGUUGAAGUACAUUGGUUACAAGAUUAUGCCGCAAGAAAGCUCUUUAUACGGUGAGUAUGGCAAAGAUGAUCCUGUCAUCAGAGAUCCGGAUAGUCUCAAUGAUAAAGGAUGGGAAUAUACUAAGAAGAUCUAUCUACAAGGACAGAACGUGAAGCUUGACUUGAGAAGAUUUAGAGAAACGUUAGCUCGUUCUUAUGAUUUCUCUAUUAGAAAGAGAGUUAGAGAGGAAGUUCCUAAUCUGUUUGUUUCAUAAGAGUAAGAAGAAAGUAUAACAUUCUUUUGUAAAGUUUUUUUAAAAACAUUUAAUUCAAAUUCUUUUGAGUA